CUAAUUUUUUUCCUACUUUUCCAGCCUUUUCCAAUGUGAUGCAAGCCAUGACACACGUUCGAUGGAAUUCCGUCGAAGAAUUAAUUGGUAAACAAGGCAAGGCAUGCCGUUAGGAAGUCUAUAUAUAAUAACUCUGCUUCCCUCAGCUCUUUACUCAACUUGGCAUUUUGUCGAACAAGUAGCCUUCAACCGAACUUCGGAGAAACAGAAAUGGCGGUACCAGAGAAGGGAGUAAAAUUGCUGGACUUCUGGAUGAGCCCUUUCGGGCAGCGAUGUAGGAUCGCGCUAGCGGAGAAGGAGGUGGAGUAUGAGCACAAGUUGGAGGAUCUAUCAAAGAAGAGCGAUCUAUUGCUGAAAUCAAACCCUGUGCACAAGAAGAUCCCCGUCCUUAUCCACAACGGGAAAUCCAUCUGCGAGUCCCUCAUCAUCGUCGAAUACAUCGACGAAGUCUUUCCCGGCAAAACCAACAUCCUCCCAUCAGAUCCCUACGCGCGAUCCCAUGCCCGAUUCUGGGCCGAUUUCGUCGACAAGAAGGUCUAUGACAGCGGAUCUAAGCUGUUGAAGUCAAAAGGCAAGGAGCUGGAGGAGGCGAAUAAGGAGUUGAUCGGGAUCUUUAAGACGCUCGAGACGGAGCUCGGCGAGAAGAAGUACUUCGGCGAUGAUGCUUUCGGUCUGGUAGACAUCGCGUUCGCGCCAUUCACGUCGUGGUUCUACACCUUCGAGGCCUUUGGUGGCUUCAGCGUUGAGAAGGAAUGCCCCAAGCUGGCGGCGUGGGGGAAGCGCAUCAAGGAGCGGGAGAGCGUUGCCAAAUCUCUGCACGAACCAACCAAGGUUUACGAUUUAUUCUGCGAGAUCAGAAAGAAGUUCGUGGACGCGUAAAAUUCGAUUGUAAUGCUGAUGGGUUUUAGAUUGUUUUGAAUAAGUAUAAUCCCGCUUCGGAUUUUUCUUUAAAUAAAGUUGUUUUGUUAUACUAA